AUGCCUUUCUCAACCUCCAGGCCAAACACCCGACCGUCGUCUAACAUCCCCCUCCGCAACCUCGCCGAGUCCUCGGGCUCUUCUUCGCGACACCACCAAGACGAAUCGACGUCAUUCCUGGGAGCCCACCAUUCCGGCCACAGCGUUGACAAGCCCGGCUCCGACUCGGACGACGACACCGAGAGCUGGGUCUCGACCGGCGAUAUUGGUGAGCAGAUCGACGCCGAGGACCCUCUGCGCGCCAGGCUCAACGAUACCCUCGAUGAAUCGGCUCUCGCCGGCCUGAAGCAUCUACCCCGGAACCACGACCACUCCAACAGCGGCGGCAGCAGGAGAGAGAAGAAGCACGUCCGCAUCCACGAGGACCCCGAUCACCAACGCCGCUCCCACCGCCACUCCUCGGGGCAGCCUGGCGUCGUUAAUAAGGAGGCAAUUGAGAUCCCCGAGCUGAUCUCUCGCAACCCAUCCAGGGCGGAACGCCUUAUCGCUACCAUCAUGCCUAGCUCAAAGGGCUUCACGGGGAAGCCCCUGAUUUACUUCACGAGUAUAUUCGUGUCAUUAGGCGUGUUCCUUUUCGGCUAUGACCAAGGUGUGAUGUCGGGCAUUAUCACGGGCCCGUACUUCCGUGAUUACUUCCACCAGCCCUCGAGAGGCGAGAUAGGGACCAUGGUUGCCAUUCUCGAGAUUGGUGCGCUGAUAUCGUCCCUGCUCGUGGGCAAGAUCGGAGAUAUCAUCGGCCGUCGACGGACGAUCCUCUACGGUUCGAUAGUAUUCUUCAUAGGCGGAGCUCUCCAGACGUUCGCGACAGGCAUGCCGAUGAUGAUGCUAGGCAGAAUCAUUGCUGGUCUGGGCGUUGGUUCGCUGUCGACCAUCGUCCCCGUCUACCAAUCCGAGAUCUCACCGCCGCACAACCGUGGAAAGCUGGCCUGCAUUGAGUUCUCGGGAAAUAUUAUUGGGUACACAACAUGGCUUCUCGAUAACGACCAUGACGAGGAGGGCAUUGUCGUCAUCGCCAACCUCUACGGGGGCGGUGACAUUCACAAUCCCAAGGCCCGUGACGAAUUCCGCGAGAUCAAGAUGAACGUCCUACUCCAGCGUCAGGAGGGCGAGAGGACGUAUAGUGACAUGUUCCGCCGAUACAAGACCCGUGUCUUCAUCGCCAUGUCUGCGCAGGGUCUUGCCCAGCUCAACGGCAUCAACGUCAUCUCGUACUACGCCCCCUAUGUGUUUGAAUCUGCCGGGUGGAUUGGUCACGAUGCGGUGCUGAUGACUGGUAUCAACGGAAUCACCUACUUUUUGUCCACGAUCCCACCGUGGUACAUUGUCGACACGUGGGGUCGUCGGGUCAUCUUGCUCUCAGGCGCGGUUGCUAUGACGAUAUCUUUGUCAUUGAUCUCGUAUUUCAUCUUCCUUGACAUUAGAGCAACGCCCACCCUGGUCGUGAUCUUUGUCAUGAUCUACAAUGCUGCGUUUGGCUAUUCGUGGGGCCCAAUACCCUGGCUCUACCCGCCUGAGAUUCUACCGCUGAGCAUCCGUUCCAAGGGCGCAUCGCUCUCGACUGCGACCAACUGGGCGUUCAACUGGCUCGUAGGAGAGAUGACUCCCGUUUUGCAGGAGUGGAUCCAAUGGCGUCUCUACCUCGUGCACGCGUUCUUCUGUGCCGCCAGUUUUGUCAUUGUAUACUUCAUCUACCCCGAGACCAGCGGUGUCCGCCUCGAGGACAUGAACUCCAUCUUCGGCGACGCGACGACCACGAUCGGCACGCCUGCCUCGGCGGGCACACCGGCAUUCGGGCCGGUCGACGGCUCCCAUGUGCGCGCCGGCUCUCCCGUGCCAUCCCUCGACAUGCGCGGCCGGCCCCUCCUGGCCGAGGCGCCGACGUUCCCUGGGCUGGAUGUCGACCCACCGGCAGUCAACUUUGUCAACGGACGGCCUCAGUACGAAUCCGGACAGGCGGAGGGCGGGGUCGCUGGCUGGCUGUCCAGGGUUGUUGGCCGGUCACAGUCCCGCGCGCGGUCGGGUAGCGUGUCGAACAGAAGUGGAAGGUAUCAGCCACUGGGUAAUCAGGAUGACUAG